AUGGCAGCCGCGUCCAGCAGGUCCUCCGAGCUCGAGGAGUUCCUCGAGCCGCUGCACAUCGACAUCCACGUCGUCCGCCAGCUGUCACGCGACUUUGCCGAAACCUUCAGGCGCCUCGCCGCCGAGUCCUCGGACCAGUUCCUCGCCACUCCGAUCUCCGAGUCCAUCCUCCGGCCCGCGCAGGGCCACGAUCCCGGACGCUAUCUCGCGAUUGACAUAGGUGGCACGAACCUACGAGUGGGCUUCAUCGAGCUCGCAGGCCAUACCGAAGCAUAUGCGCCCGCUUCUCCUUCUUCUCCAUCUACUCACCUUCAAAAUGGUACCGGCCCUCGCUUGAAGAGGUUGCACGAGCGAAAUUGGCCCAUCCAAGAUGUUCUGAAGAGGGCGAAUCAGGAGAGCUUGUUCACAUGGAUAGGCGAGUGCAUCGCCUCGACCGUUCAGGAGGGCUGCGAGAUUCUGAACAUCCCGAGAGACGGUAUCCUACCCAUGGGAGUCACAUUCAGCUUCCCCAUGGAGCAGGAAUCACUGUCUGUGGCCAAGCUCAUGCCAAUGGGCAAGGGGUUCGCCAUCACCUCCAUAGACGACCUCGGCUCGCAGCUGUUGGCAGGGUACGAAAAGGCACGCACCGCAGACCUGCCCGGCAUAAGAAUAGCGGCCAUCGUGAACGAUGCGGUAGCCACACUGGUCUCGUUCAUUUACGAGUUCAGGACGAAACCCGACCAGAAGGCUGUGAUGGGUCUCAUCUGCGGCACGGGCUGCAAUGCCACUAUGCCUCUCCCUUUGAGCAGUUUACACCUCAGCAAACGGCCCAAGAAGGUCAACGUACUGCAGGGACAGGUAGAAGACGACGUCAGGGUCGCCGUCAACACGGAGUGGAGCAUCAAGGGUGCGGCACCGCCGCUGCGGAACUUGGGCCUCAUCAGCGCGUGGGACGACGAGCUCAGCGCCGCCGUCGAGUCGCCCGGGUUCCAGCCGCUGGAGUACAUGACGGCGGGCAGGUACCUCGGCGAGCUGGGCCGGAUCAUGUUGGUCGACUACAUGACCAAGAUCCUCGGCUUGUCCCAAGACACCUUCCCGGCGAAGCUCAUGAGGCAGUUUGAUCCCCACAACACCACGUUUCUAAGCCACUAUCGUCCUGGGCGGGACAAGUCACUACUCGCUAUGCUCGAGGAGGAGUUCUCGACUGCCAGCGAGGGCAGCUCGUUGCAGUGGACUGAGGAGAUUGCCGACGCGCUCUAUCACAUCGCCAAGGCCAUCGAGGUAAGAGGGGCUGGAAUCAUCGCCGCGGCGAUCGUCGGCUUGCUCACUUUUGCGGGGGAGAUGCCGUCCAAGGAGGCUGCAGCGGACGAGGCGGUCGACCUGGCCGUCGGCUACACGGGUGGCUGCAUCACGAACUUCCAGGACUACCUGGUCGACUGCCAAAACUUUCUCGACGAGGUGGUCAAGCUAGACUACAGCAGCUCCACGGUGCCCUUUAGGAUCACGCUACAUCCUUGUCACGACGGAGGCAUCAAGGGCGCCGGCAUUCUCGUCCCUACAGCGAUGGCGAGCCAGAAGGUCGAGGGGGAGCUGAUAGAGGCGCAGGGACAAGGCAACAUAUCCAUAUCUGAUGACACGAUACCAAAUCGACGAGCUCGUUUACCCCGCUCGUGA